AGUUAACGGAAUCGAUAGAACAUGACGAACUUUUAUAUUGUGGCCUGUUUUUUUGCCAUCGUCUUUACGGGAUGGAGCCCUGCCCUCGGCGAAGAAGAUCAGGCAGAACCAAGGCAUUUACAAGGAAAACUAUGUCUUAAAUUAGGAAUAUGCGGUGGGCAUAAGGGAGGAUACGAUAACCACCAUGGAGGUUACGAUAAUUACCAUGGACACGGUGGCUACCAAGGUGGUUAUGGUGGCUAUCAAGGAGGUUAUGGUGACUAUCAAGGAGGGUAUGGCGGUCAUCAAGGAGGUUACAACCCUUAUCCUGCGAUAAAUAUCGGCAUUAGUCAGUCCCAAUCAUCUGCGAGUGCUGGCGGCGGAGGAUUUGGCAGUUCGAGUUAUCCAAACAAUUAUCAAUAUAAUGGAGGAUACCCUAAUUAUGGAGGAUACAAUGGUCAUAAAAGACCAAGCUACUUUGGUAAUGGUUUCGGUUCAUAUAACAACCAGUUUAAUGGGAACUAUAAUGGGAGACCGUCAGGACAAGGAGGAUAUGGAUUCCAAAGGCCAUUUGGAUAUUAUGAUGGGUCUAGUGAAGAAGAUUAUGAUAAUUACAGUAGAUCGGCGAAGAAUAAGGACUGAUUUGUAUUUUUAUUAAAAACGUUGUCUGUGAUAUUUACGAUUAAAGUAUAAAC